AUGUACCGUACUAGGAACGAAAGAUCAAAGGCUGAAAACUCCCGACAUGUCCGGAGACGCUUUCAAGAGGAGGAGGAGAUCAUAAAAGUCCCGGAGUUUGACUAUACAGACCUAGUUGAAAAAUACAAACUCUCCCUUGUGGGGAGAAUGUUUCAUCAGGAUGGACGGAGCGUGGAUGCCCUAAUCAAGCACAUGCCAAAGCGUAGGAUCUGGGAUGUCGAGGGUAGAGUACGCGGAACAAACCUUGGGAAUAAUAAGUUUCAAUUUGAUUUUGAUAAAGAAGAGGACCUCCAGAAGGUGUUGCUUCGCAGACCAUGCCAUUUCAAUAAAUGGACUUUUUCGCUGGAAAGAUGGACCCCAACAAUCAAUGAAGACUAUCCAAAUUUCCUCCUCCUGUGGGUGACGAUCACUGGUGUACCUACACAUUAUAAAAAAGAUGAAUCCUACAGAAGCAUAGGAGGGGCUCUUGGAGAGGUUGAUAAGGUAGACGUGGAGAAUGGAAGAGUUCGAGUCCAAAUAAACGCAGAUGAACCUCUACAAUUUGAACGUAAGGCUGGAUACGCAAACGGAGACGUGAUCAAGGUGUCGUUGUCUUAUGAGGAACUACACCGAUACUGCUAUACGUGUAAGAGAAUCUCCCAUGAGGAAGGUACCUGUCCGGAGCUGGCCCCAGAACAGAGAGAAGCAAAUCGUAUUGCAAGAUUGGAGAAAAAAGAGAAGGAAGAACUAGCUGCUAGAGAGGCUUUCUCCGCCCCGGUAAGAGGUUUGGAUACGAGGGCGAGGUUCGAUGCACAGAUGAGGAAAUCGCAGAGUCCAGAAUGGGUUAGGAAAAUAGCGGAACCUCCCUUACGAAGGAACGAUAGAAGAAGAACAGAGCAGG